AUGGACAACAAAAAUAGUGAAACAGGACGUCAGUUGGAGGAUGUGUAUAUUAUUUCAGCCGUACGUACGCCUAUAGGUGGUUACCGUAAAAUGUUGAAGAAGUGUUCACCGAUGUAUUUAGGAGUUGUCGUGGCCAAGGAAGCAAUCAGAAAAGCUGGGAUCUAUCCUAGUCAUAUCGAUGAAACAAUGGUCGGUUGUGUGCUUACUUCAUGUCACGGACAGAAUAUCGCCCGACAGAUUUCAAUUAAUGCUGGAAUUCCGGUUACUUCGCCAAGUGUAACUAUCAAUAAGGUAUGUUCAUCGAGUAUGAAGGCAAUCAUCAUGGCUACUCAAGCGAUUCAUCUGGGAGAUCGUGAUGUUGUCCUGGCUGCCGGUACGGAAAGUAUGAGUAAUGCUUACUAUGGCGUGCCUCGCGGUGACAACGACGAUAUGAGUAAUCCCUUUGUAGAUAGUAUGUUUGAGGAUGGUUUGAAUGAUGCCUUUACAAAAUCAAAGAUGGGCGUUUGCGCCGAAAAAACUGUCUCUGAAUAUUCGAUAAGCCGUAAAGAGCAGGAUGAGUAUGCAUUAGAAAGCUAUCGGCGAGCUCAGUAUACUUGGAAGGAAGGCUUGUUUGAUGAAGAAGUUGUGCCGGUGAAGUGUUCUGAUUCAGAUGAAGUAUUUCAAGAUGAGGAAUAUAAAAGACUGGAUCCUUUGAAGGUACCCCGUCUGAAACCUGCCUUCAUACCGGAUACGGGGACUAUAACUGCAGCAAACGCUAGCACUAUUAGUGAUGGAGCAGCUGCACUGUUGAUUGCAAGCAGUAAAUUUAUAGCUCAUCGAGGUUGUCAGCCAAUAGCGCAAGUGUUGGGUUAUGCAGAAGCUGCACUUGAACCUGUAGAAUUCAGUCGUGCACCGUCUGUUGCUGCAAAAAAGUUACUUUCGAAAAUUGGCAUUUCGGCGGAAGAAGUUUCAUUAUGGGAAGUAAAUGAAGCAUUUGCUAUGACUGCCAUUGUUUUUUUGCGUGAUAUGGGUUUGGAUAGCAGCCGUGUUAACGUGCGUGGUGGAUCUGUUGCGCUUGGUCAUCCGAUUGGAGCAUCUGGAGCACGAAUAGUUGUAACAUUACUCCAUGCUCUUCAAGUCAAUCAGAUUGGUAUCGCAACGAUAUGUAAUGGCGGAGGCGAAUCGACCGCUGUGGCAGUAAAGCGACUAUAA